CUGGGCGCCUGCAUGGCCUUGAAUCUGGACCGUUCGUUCGAAACCAGCUCGAUCCGACGUGCUCUGCUGAAACUUCUGUUAUGUCAACACGGUUUUCAACUACUAUGAGCUACCAGUCGGUGUUUGAUGAGGUCUUGUGCAGACCGCUUUCAUCCGGUUCUACCGUAAACCAGUGAUGUAAACCACCUCAGAAGCUUAUGUUGCUGCCGCCUCGACCACCUUUUAUCCAGUUCUGUCGUCAAUAUUGAUUUACUUUAAAACAGUUGCACAUGACGUAGGCUAAUUGAGUCUGAAUGAUAGAAACUUCUUAAGAUUUUUUUUCUCUAAAGUAUUCGAGAAUUUACGAACGUCAUCGUACUAGACCACCCAUUGAUUGGUGUUUAAUACCGCGCUCAAGAAUAUUUCACUUAUACAACAGCGCCCAGCAUUAUGGUGGCAUAAGACUAUAAUACUCCAGAUUACCCUGUCUCGCUUAUCAGGAACAUGUACAUUGUAUAUUUCUAUUAAAUAACUGUCAAGGAACCACAGCGACGUAACAGCUGGUCUCGUGUUACCUGCAUGUAUUCAACCGUCAUGCGAUCUGGUCACAGACAUGCGUUGUGGUUGUUGGUCAUUUUAAACUCUUUGCAUGUCAGGUAACACGAGACAAUUUGAGGUUUUGCGGCAUUACAUAACAACUGCUUCUGGGGAGAUUUCCCAGUCAGUAUGAUUUCUUUUUCAAAUCUUAUUUGAUCUGUGUCAUUAAUUAUAACCAUGGACUAGCUUCUCUCUUGAUUGUAUAUUAUAUAACCAGCCUUAUUGUGGAUGUUACAUGUAUAAGUAAGUAUAUUGCAAGGAAACUGAUAUAAAAGUUUGUUUUGGAUAUGGCUAUUUUGAUUGUUGAUACUCAUUUACGCCGGGUAUGUUAUGAUAGUUUGAAAUGUGAACUGCUUGGAUUAUUGGAAUGUGAUAUAUACAGGAGAGUUGAAUCUUUGUACAGUGGUUGCAUCACACUUCACAGAAAAAUAGCCAGUCAACCAUAUUGGAGUCCUGUUUGCAUGAGUUGGUAUAUAGGCACAGUCCUGCAAUACUGCUGCCAACAGGUCAUGCAACUUUUCUGUUGGUUUGCAGAUAUACUACUUGCUUACAUGUACAUUGCCAUUUUAAACUUUGUCAUUUGCAGUGCCUCUCUUGUUUUGAAUGACCACCAUGAGCGAUUCUGACAGUGACCUGGGCAUGUCCACUGCCCGUGAUAGGUUGAGAUCAUUUGACAGUCGCCAUGACCCGAGAGUACAACAGUUACUUCAUCAAGAAACCAAGGGAUACCGCAAAGCUUCCGUCUUCAUUGGUCUGCUGUACAGCGAGGACCGGUUAAAUGUUCUCCUGACAUUGAGGUCGUCUAGAUUGCAGCACCACGCUAACACGGUGUCCUUCCCGGGGGGUAAGGUAGACGAGGGGGAUCAGGACGAGGUCGAGGCGGCUUUACGUGAAGCAAAAGAGGAAGUUGGUCUGGAACCCUCAAACGUUGAGGUGGUGUGCACGCUUUCGCCUAUGAUAGCCUCACCUAACUUCCUUACGGUCCCAGUGGUAGGGUUCAUCAAGGAACAAUUUGAACUGAAGGUGAACGAAAACGAAGUCGAAGAAGUUUUCUAUUUACCUUUAGAGCGUUUUAAUAAGGAUGAAGGUCAUUCCUCUGAAGUCUUUAUGCGAAGCAGUUCUUCAAGUCCUUACAUCAUUCACAGAUUCACAGAUACAGUGAUUGGUCAAACUAUGAUCACCUGGGGCUUUACUGCUAACUAUUGCUGCCUUGUUGCCAACAUUGUUUUCAACAAGCAAGGUUUUAGUUACCUAUCCCAGGAUCCAGUUUCUGCAAAAGAUGCAUAUGAGCAAACCAUACAAAGAACACAGAGGAUAUUGCAUGUAACCAAGACCCACGAGUUGGCUAAAAUGUGACCAUUAGCUCCAUGUUAGUUAUGUGAGAAGUUUUGUCCACUGAUUAUCCGGAAAACAAUACUUUAUCAUUUACAUGAAGUACAUUGCAUAUUUGUUUGUAUUCUUUUAUGUACUUUUAACUUAUGUUUGAUUUGAUAAUGACCACCAAAAAAAAAAACCAUCGAGAAUGACCCAAAAUGCGUUCAUAGCAUUGCCCCAUCAUCUUUCCAGUCUUCCAGAUAGUGUGUAGAUAUUGAUAUCUGGCCUGCAAGAUGAUAUAAAGAAACGCCCUGUACCGUUCAUAAGAAAACAGUAAGAUCUUAAGAGUGUAAACAAAUCAAAACUGUGUUUAUUAAUGCUUAUAGAGUUUUCUUAGCCUGAAAUGUGGAUGAUACAUAUUGGUAUUUCGAAGUAAAGUUGAUCUCGGUACAGCUUCA